UAAACCUUGCAACAUGAAGCAAAAUUAUACGUAAUGCAUUAAACAUGGUUUCGCAAUGGUAUCCAAGUCUUACGCAGCUUAUAAGAUUUGUAUUUUGGACCAACCCAUCCAAUGAAAAAAUUCCACUGGAAAAUCGUAUAGUAACACAUGAAUAGAUAUUAAAUUAAAUCUUUUGCUACAGUUGAGAAAACUCACAUUUAAAGGAUCCUUGUAGUUUAUUAAUUUACGGUUAAAUCUAUUCCUAAAAAAACUAAAUUAAAGUUCGUGGGCUCUGAUAACCAAGAUUACCCCUUUGUCACUACAGGUUAAAAAAUGAUUUAAUUAUUCGACCCGUAAAUAUGGACCCCCACACCACACCAUACCCCAAGCAUACACACACAUCGUACCGCUUUGUUUUGUUCGACGCAUCUUUGGUGCCAUUCUCUUGAAAACGAUCUGUGAACCAAAAAACCCCACACCAGAGAAUCUUACAGAACCGAGGAUGGGUAAAGCUACGAGGUGGUUCAAGGUUUUGUUCGGAUUCAGACCCUCUUCCAGCUCCGGCGAUCGACAACGGCGGAGCCCCGCCGGAGAAACCGCCGGUCUUCUCUGCGACAACUACACGACCAUACCUCCGAACAUAUCGGAGAGCGAAGCCGCGUGGCUUAGGUCAUUCUACGUUGCCGGAGAGGCCGAGAAGCACGCAGUUGCGGUGGCUGCAGCCACAGCCGCAGCAGCCGACGCGGCUGUAGCGGCUGCGAAGGCCGCAGCCGCGGUGGUCAGGCUCACGAGUGGUCCGCUCGGUGGGAAACGGGCUGCUACGAGGAUCCAAUGUGCUUUCAGAGGCUACUUGGCGAGGAAAGCGUUAAGAGCGUUAAGAGGGGUGGUGAAGAUACAAGCGCUAGUGAGGGGUUACUUGGUGAGGAGGCAAGCGGCCGAGACGCUUCGAAGCAUGGAGGCUCUGGUUCGAGCUCAGGCCACCGUCAAGUUCCACAGAGCUCUUCGCCGGUCCGGUUAUUCCGGUUCACCCAGAAAAUCCACGGAAAUGUUCUCCGGAUAUCUGGAAAACCGAAACAAUGGCGAGGAAACAGCAAAGAUCGUGGAAGUGGACACGGGAGGGACCCGACCCGGAAUACAAAAGACCCGGAGACCCGUUUCGACCGGGUCGGUUCUAAUCGACGACCCAUUUCGCCGGACGUUCUCGUCCCCUCUCUCGGGUCGGAUCCCGCCCCGUCUGUCGUCGAUGCCAAAACCCGACUGGGACGACACCAAGUUCCCCACGGCCCAGAGCACACCUAGGUUCGCCGGAGGCUCACCGUCGAGGAGCUCUUGCUUCUCUGUCUCCGGCGUCGGAACACCGGAGGUCGACCACCGGUGUUUCUUCUCCUCCGGUGAUUUUAACCCAAUCUACACGGCGGAUAAAAAGUCGUUCAGGGCGAAGCAGAGGUCGCAGAGCGCACCGAGGCAGAGGUCGGAGGCCGUGAAGGUGGCCGGCGGCGGAGGAGUUCCGGUGCAUAGGCCGUCGUGCUCCGGCGUUAGGGAGGCCGUGAUCGGGAAAAUCGAUAGACUAAGGGUCCAAUGGUGAUUUUGUUUUGUUCCUUCAAAUUGUUUUUUCAGGGUAGAAUAAAAUAGAUAUUGCUUGGUGUUUAUUAUCACUGGUCGUACGUUACCGUGAUUUAAUGAAGAGGACAGUGAUAGCUUGACACAAUUGAUCACAAGUUUGAUAUAUACAUAUAACCAUCGAAUUGAUUGUUUA